CGAAAAAUAAAAUUGAAAUUCAAAUGUGUUUUGAAAAAAUGUCCCAUUCAUCAAGAUCAUCUAGAUCUAGAUCAUCAUCUAGUGUUAAUAAUAACAAUAUUAUUGAUGAUAAUGGUGAUAAUUCAAAUUGUAGCAGUAAUAUUGAUAUUGAUGAUGAUGAUGAUGUUGGUGUUGUUGAUGGUGGUGGUGGUAAUAAUGAUUCUUUAUCAUUCAACAAUUAUCAUCAUCUCAAUGGUGGUAAUAAUGGCCCGGGAAGAAUAUCACCACCGCCACCAUCAAUCAAAACAACAACAACAACAACAACGGCUACUGUUGUUGUUAAAAAUGAUAAAUUAACAUUUAGUAUUAGUCGUUUAUUGGAUCAUCAUUGUUCAUCAUCAUCAUCAUCAGCAGCGAAUAACAAAUCAGAAAAUCAUCAAAAUCAUCAUCAGCUAAAUUCACCAAAAUCCGAAAGAUCAUCUAUUGAUUCACCGGCAAAUCUAUCUAACCAUCAUCAACAAUUGAAUCGAUUUUUUCAAACAACAACAACAACAGCGAGUCCAUAUCAACAUCAAAAUCAUCAUCAUCUGAAUAAUAAUAAUAAUAAUAAUCAAUGUUUAUCUGAUCGAUCAUUAUCACCAUCCGUAUCAUCUGUAUCAUCAAUAUCAUCAUUACGUAAUACGGAUAGUCCCAUAACCAAUGGAAUAACGGUCAAUGAUAAUGAUAAUGAUGAUUUGGAUGAUGAAACAAAAAAUGAUUUACAUCAACAACAACAUUCUGUGAUAAGAGUGCCAGCACAAAGACCAUCAUCGGCAUUAUUACAUCAUCAUCAUCAUCAUCCUAAUAAUUCAUCAUCAACAACAACAACAACAACAUCGUCAACAACAACAACAACAAAUUCAAUAUCGAUACCAUCAUCACCAUAUACGGUUGCUACUUAUCCAUGGUUGACCACUCAUCCACAUCAACAUCCACAUCAUCAUCAUACAUCAACACCAUUCACAAUUAAAGAUAGUUUAUCAAUUACAUUUCCAUUUACAACAAAUGGCCAAUAUCCAACAUUACCGGCACGUCGUAUUGGUCAUCCAUAUCAAAAUCGUACACCACCUAAACGUAAAAAACCACGUACAUCAUUUACACGUAUGCAAAUAUGUGAAUUGGAAAAACGUUUUCAUAAACAAAAAUAUUUAGCAUCAGCUGAACGUGCAACAUUGGCUAAAAAUCUUAAAAUGACUGAUGCACAGGUUAAAACUUGGUUCCAGAAUCGUCGUACAAAAUGGAGACGACAAACAGCCGAAGAACGUGAAGCCGAACGACAAGCUGCAAAUCGAUUAAUGAUGAGUUUACAAGCUGAAGUUGUAUCAAAAUCAUUAUAUGCCAAUACGAAUAAUCAUCAAACAUUAACAAAUGAAAUGGCUGUUGAUCUUGCAUUACAUCAUCAUCAUCAUCAACAACAACAACAUCAACAUCAACAUCAUGGACCCGCAUCAUCACCAAUUAAUUCUGCUGUUGUUUGUGCAUCUCAACAACAAAUGGGCCAAAUAUCAAUAGCAGCAGCAGCAGCAGCUGCUGCAGCAUUUUCCCAACAACGUGAUCUUCAUCAUCAUCAUCCGCAUCAUCAUCAUCCACAUUCACAACAUCAAUUAUUAUUGAAUGCAUCUUCAUUACAUGCAUUACAAAAUCUUCAACCAUGGGGAAAUCAUCAUCAACAUCAUCUUAAUCAUGAUCAUGGAGGUGGUGGUGGUGGUCAUAGUACAGGUUCUUCAACAUCAAUAAUAACAUCAACAUCGACAGCAGCAGCAACAACAACAACAUCACCAUCAAUGGAAAGAUCAUUAUCAUCAUCAUCAUCAUCAACAGCAACAGCAACAGCAACAACAACAACAUUUCCAUCGAUAACAGCCAGUACAUUAUGUUGAAAAAAAAACAAAAAUUUAUAGGAAAAAAAAAAUAUUGGAUCACAUGAUCUCAUUACUAUCAUUUAUCCAUUCGAUUGACAUUCAUUCAUAUAAAUCUUUUAUCAUCAUUUCACUAUCGAUUUAUCUAGUCUUAUUUGUCAAACAAUGUUAUCAUCAUCAUUAACAAAAGAAAA